GCUAUAAAGCCGAGAGGGAGGCUUUGAGGAGGCUGCUGAUCCGAAGAAUCUCACCAUCCUGCUGCGGAAAAACUGUUGAUGAUUUAAACCGGCUGAUAACAAAGGAAUCUGCAUCGUGUUUGUCAGAGUGGGUUAAUUUAAGCGGCUUCAUAAAUUACUGGAGGACUAGUUUGUGGGCUUUUUUUGGGAUGCUGGUUCACCGCGCGCUCCGCUUUUUGCUGUGCGUCCUGAGCUGCGCGUGGUGGCUCCGCUCCGGGGCAGCCUCGCAGCUCAAAGCUCCGGCUCUGCCUAUCCAGUCCGAGAGAGAGCCGCUGCCUUCCAAAGGCUUGUCAGGAUGCUCAUUUGGAGGUCGAUUUUACUCUCUGGAAGACACAUGGCAUCCAGAUCUGGGGGAACCGUUUGGCAUCAUGCACUGUGUCCAGUGUCACUGUGAGCCCCAAAAGGGUCGCCGUGGGAAAGUGUUUGGGAAGGUGAACUGCAAGAAUAUCAAACAGGACUGUCCAAAUCCGGACUGUGAUGACCCCAUCCUGCUGCCUGGACACUGCUGUAAAACCUGUCCUACAGUUUCAGAUGAUAAAAAACAGGUCGACUCUCUGCUGGACAACUUUGAGUAUUUCCAUGAGAAGGGCAAAGAGGACGACCUCCACAAAUCCUACAACGACAGAUCCUACCUGAGUUUUGAGGACCCGAGCCCUGGGGAGAGCCGAACUGACUUCGUAGCGUUGCUGACAGGAGUGACAGGUUCGUGGCUGCCCAGCUCAAGUGGAGUUGCCAGAGUUCGGUUUACUCUGACCAGAAACAGCCUCGCUUUCUCCAUCUCAUACCAGAGGAUGGCCCGUCCCAGUAAAAUCGUCUUCCUGGACUCAGAUGGGACCAAUGCUUUUGAAUAUAAAGUUCCCAGAGGACAGUUGGAUAUGAUUUGUGGCGUGUGGAAGAACGUGGGAAAACCUCUGCUGAGGCAGCUGCAGGCCGAGCAAAUGCGCAUCAGCUUGAGCACGUCUGCGAGCAGAAGGGAAGAAGUGGAGGGAAGGAUCAUCAAACACAGGGCGCUGUUUGCAGAGACGUUCAGCUCAGUGCUGACAUCGGAAGAGGAGAACUCUGGCAUGGGAGGCAUUGCCAUGUUGACACUGAGUGACAGUGAGAACAACCUCCACUUCAUUCUCAUCCUGCAAGGUCUCGUCAAACACAAAGAGCCCAUCCUGGUGCCGAUCAGAGUCCAGCUACUGUACCACCAUCACAUCCUGAGAGAGAUCCGAGCCAACAUCACCUCUCAUGACCCAGACUUCGCAGAGGUGCUGACAGACCUGAACAGUCGGGAACUGUUCUGGUUAUCUCGUGGUCAGCUGGAGAUCGCCGUGGCAACGGAAGGUCAGGAUCGCAGGCAAAUCUCUGGCUUCAUCGCUGGAAGGAAAUCCUGUGAUACUAUUCAGAGUGUGAUGUCUAGCGGUGAUGCACUGACCCCGGGGAAGACUGGAGGGGUGGGAUCCGCUGUCUUUCAUCUCCAUGACAACGGAACCCUAAACUACCAGGUUCAGGUCGCAGGUCUCACCAGUGAUGUAAACAGCGUCGCCAUAGAGCUGAAGCCGCGGCGUCGAAACAAGCGCUCCAUCCUUUACGAUCUGACGACAGAGUACAACAAGGCCACGGGGCAGGCGGUGGGCAGCUGGAGCCGUCUGGAGGCUCGUCACAUACACAUGUUGCUGCAGAACGAACUCUUUAUCAACGUGGCCACGGCACACAGCCCAGAGGGAGAGCUGAGGGGGCAAAUCAAGGCUCUUCCUUACAGCGGGCUGGAGGUGGCACGACAUGAGUUACCCACCCCUCUGGCUGGACACUUUGUCUCCCCACCAGUCAGAACCAGCGCUUCGGGUCAUGCCUGGGUGUCAGUGGACAAACAAUGUCACCUGCACUACGAAAUAGUCGUGGCAGGCCUCAGUAAGACUGAUGACCUGACCGUGAAUGCCCACCUGCAUGGACUGGCCGAGAUUGGGGAGCUGGACGACACCAGCACCACACACAAGAGACUGCUGACGGGCUUCUACGGCUCACAGGCUCAGGGAGUUUUGAAAGACAUUGGUGUGGAAUUACUGCAGCACCUGGACCAGGGGACAGCGUUCAUCCAAGUCAGCACCAAGGUGAACCCACAUGGUGAAAUACGUGGACGGGUCCAUGUUUCAAACAGCUGCAGGUUUGGAGCCGGAGGGGAGGUGGAAGAGGCUGAGUUUGAUGACCUUCUUGUGAAAGACCCCGAGGAGCUUAAGAAAGACCCCCAUACCUGCUUUUUUGAGAACCAGCAUCACGCUCAUGGUUCCCAAUGGACUCCAAACUAUGACAAGUGUUUCUCCUGCAGUUGUCAGAAGCGAACGGUGAUCUGCGAUCCGGUCAUUUGUCCGGUCUUGACCUGCUCCAGAACCACUCAGCCUGAAGACAAGUGCUGCCCAAUCUGUGAUGAGAGAAGGGAGCCCAAGGACAUGAAAGCUCCUGAGAGGGUGGAUGAACAUCCUGAUGGCUGCUACUUUGAGGGAGACCAGAAGAUGCACGCCCCAGGAACCACAUGGCAUCCGUUUGUUCCUCCCUUUGGAUACAUUAAAUGUGCUGUCUGCACUUGCAAGGGGUCUACAGGGGAGGUGCACUGUGAGAAGGUAACGUGCCCAGUGUUGACCUGCAGUCACCCAGUGAGACGGAGUCCCUCAGACUGCUGUAAGGAGUGUCCUGAGGACGACAGGGGCCCUGCAAGGCUGGAGCACAGUGAUAUGAUGCAGGCUGAUGGCCCGCGACACUGCAAGUUUGGGAAGGACUAUUACCAGAACAGUGACAGCUGGCAUCCCUGGGUACCAAUGGUGGGAGAGAUGAAGUGCAUCAACUGCUGGUGUGAUCAUGGUGUGACCAAAUGUCAGAGGAAACAGUGUCCAGUGCUGACAUGCUCCAACAUCGUCCGUUCUGGAACCUCAUGCUGCUCCACAUGUGCCGAUUCCAAAGAUGAAGACAAAAAAAGAACCUGGAGACACUGAUCCAUUAGGAUGCAAACUCUCCAAAAUAAACCCCCCAUCAACACUCUCCUCUUCCUCUUCCCAUAAGGACUUAAUCCCAGAGCUGCACACUGGGGUGUCCCCGCCCAACCCCCCCACCUGACAGCCACCAUCUUAUCAGCUUCAAGAUUGUAAUGAGGAGACCACAAGAGCAAAAAAAUGGGAGUGAAAGACGUUUUAAUGAAAGAUUGAAACGACGGACGACCAGACUUUACUCACCUGCUGCCUUCUGCUUCCUGUUAGUGUUUGCUGGAGCGUCAUGUUUCUCUGAGCUGUUCGUUGGGACGCACAGUGAAGCCAACACAGGAAUGAAAUCCAGAAUUUAAGACGUUUAAUCGACAGAGCUUCUGUUUGAAGUAGAGCCAGAGUUACGAGUGUCGCUGUGACUGAAUCAGUGUGGACGUGUGACUGCAGGUUGUGUGUGUGGGUUCUUCUUUUUUAUUUUAAUGAAGAGUAAUCAGCAGUACAGAUGUCAGUUAAAGCAUCACCACCUUGUGGAAACAUAUUUCCAGUCAUUUUGGCUCCUGCAGCCAUCAUUUGGGAUGAAAACACCUCAUUUUUCCUCUGCUUUGGUCAUUUCUAUUUCUGUUUUGAAUUAGUCGUUUUGGGUGAAUUUUUCAGUUAUUGUGGAAGAUAAAGCUGGUUUGUAUUGUGUAUUUAUUGAAUACUGUGGAAACAAAAUAAAAAAAAAGAUGCUUUUGGGA